AUGGCGUAUUGGCAAUGGCAGGAGGAGUGCAAGGUGGAAGCUUUGUUCACUGAAACAGGAGCAUGGAAUGUCCCUCUGAUUCAAUCUCUUUUCCUUUCACAUGAAGCUAAGAUGAUAUUAAGUCUACCAAUGGGCCUGCGUACAAUUCCAGAUAAACUCAUGUGGCAUUAUAUGAAGUUUGGUAGCUAUAGUGUGAAGACCAGGUAUUGGGUGGCUCGAGAUUUGGCAACCAGGAAGGGCGCAAGUAUGGCUGGCAGUAGUUCAUCUAACGUCUCCGCUAUUUGGAAGAAGAAGUGGAAAAUUACGACUGAGACAAUUUGUAGGCAGUGUGGGGCAUCUGUAGAAUCUACUCUUCAUGUGCUCUGGGACUGUCCCAAUGCCAAACGAGUGUGGAAGCUAUCUUUCUUGAGUGAAGUUUGCAAGAUAUGGAAAGAGCCUUCGGUGAUGGAUCUAUUUUCAAUGAAUCUGCAACGCCAUGAUGAGAGAUGCUUAAAGCCAGAAGAGUUGAUAGCUGCGGCUUGGGAGUGGCAAAUACAAUAUGAGUUGGCAAAUACAAGGAUGAUGCACUCGAACUCGGUGGGUUCUGAAUCAGCCAGUGCUGCUGCAUCAUCACCUUCGAACACUCAAGUUUGGUCUCCUCCAGGAGUGUGUGGUGUGGGAGCAGUAUUUCGAGAUCAGCAGGGUAGGUUGAGAGGGGCUUUGGCGAUAGCUCAGGUUGGUAAUUUAUCCCCAAGAGCAGUGGAAUCAUUAGCACUGCUGCAUGGUCUCAAGUUUGCUUUGCACGUUGGUUUUACAAAGUUGGAAAUAGAAGGUGACGCCCUGAUAGUGUUAAACACCUUACAUGAUGAUAGUGAGGAUCUCUGUUUGGAAGGCCAUAUUUUAGAUGAAGUCAAGCAUUUAGUUAAGUCUUUUAUUAGUUGUAGUUGGCGAUUUGUGAGGCGCGAUUACAACAAGGUUGCACAUCGACUUGCAAAGGAAGCGUUAAGUUUAAGUCAACCUCUUUUAUGUUUGGAGUCGGGGCCUAGUUAG